UACAGCGCAUUGCUUUCCCUCUAGAUGCUGCUCUGAGCACCUUUAAUGAAGACCGCCGCAUCUGUCCAAACUCCACAAGAGCCCUGAGUGACCAACAGACACCCCAAGCGCAAAAUAGCUCUGCUAAAAGUAAACUUCACCUCCAGGACACCCCCAAAAAGAUCUCCACACAGCCAAACUAUGAAGCUCCAGUGCGUUUCUCUCCUCAUCUGCGCUGUGCUCAUUGGCGAGUGCUGCGGGUCUCGCCUGGACCGCUGGGUCAGAACUGGACUUCAGUACUUGAAGCUCAACCUGUGCCGGAGGGUCUCUUUGCCGGAGAGCGAGUGCAAGAAGAUGUCCCACUUGCACCUGAGCGGGGUGGUCGUGUACGUGUCCGAGUCCGGUUCUGGGAAGGUGCUGGCGAUCCUGCCGGAUUCCUACUCGAGCGGCGCGCUGCAGUCCAAGCACAGCGGGUUUUCGGGAGACCCGAGCGCGGAUGAGGAGAGCCGGACCAACGAGGAUCUGUACCCCGGAGCCAGCGCACAUGACGCCGUGCUGCUGCUCGACCCCAGUCCCGGAGAGAGUUUCGGACACCCGGUGGUUUUGUUCUACGUGGACUUCAACGUGACCAAGAAGAAAUGCGCUCACAUGGACGGCAUUUAUCUGGGAGAGGAGUGCCUGACGAUGGCUGUGAAAACGCGCUGUCAGAACCAGCUGAAGCGGAGGAGGAGCCGCAGUGACCGCAUGGCGAGCCGCUUGAGGGCCCGCAGGAGUCCAGUGGGCAGGACGGCCCGCAUGGAGCACAGCAGUGGCCUCUGCGAGAUUCACUUUCUCCCUCUAGUUGUUGGAGUGAAAGAUACCAACCGAACCCAACGCCUACGCUGUGUAGAUCAUCCAGACUUUGCCAGAUGCCCGCAGCCUUUGCCUCUGACCAGCCCCAGUGUGCCCAUCUCCAGCUGUGAGCUCAAUAAAAACACCCGCCGGUGCCAUCAGCAACGCCUGGCCACACACCUGUCCUGCCGCCUCUACCAGACCUGUGAUCACGCCGUUCUCCUGUCAGGUGGCUGGCAGGAGCAGAUAACAUACCAGCGGCACGCGCACAACCUGCAGCUCUUCUACCAGAUGCUGAGGAACAACGGCUUCCAUAAGGACCACGUCAAGACUUUCUUUGCUGGGAAUGGACAAGUAGCAGUUAAAGAGACGGAGGGCAUGUAUCCGGCCACAGAGAAGGAGGUGAUCAGGAAUCACAUCUCCUACAUCUGCCGCAAGCAGCACUGUGUGGAUUCCCUGGUUCUCUAUCUGAACAGCCCCACACGCAACGACGGCACCAUGCUGCUCUGGGACCGCAACAACAACGGCAUUGCAGAUCUGAAGGAGCGUUACUCUGUGGGUGAACUGCUGGCGGAUCUGGCUGGGUGCAGGGCCAGUCGAGUGCUGCUGUUUGUGGAGCAGAGCUACAGCGGGGCGCUCAGCAAGAGACUGAUGGGAUCUCUCAAACACGUCAACGUCGUGCUGCUGAACGGCCUGCCCUGGGUGCAAACCGCUGAGUUCUGGGCUUCUCUGCACCCGACCCAAUGCCUCAUAGACCACCUCAGUAAGAGUCCAGUGCCCUCCCGACCAGGUGAUGCAGCUCUGGGUCUGCUGAACGUUACUCUGGCCGGGGCUCCGUGUAACUCCACCCCAGCCCUCACCGAGGCCGAAAUGAGGAAGGAGUACAUGGGCUGCCAAAACCUGCCAACCGCCCUGUGGUACCAAAAAAGGCCAAAGACCGACAACGGCAGGAAUUGAGUGAACCGACCAUCUCAAGGACUUUCAGAAAUCCAAAAACCGCCUCCAAUACGCAAUUCGGACACUCAAAUGGACUACCUCCAUGGAAAACAAAACCCAACAAGUAGUCCUAGAAAUAUGACUUUAUGUAAUGCACAAACUUCAUAAUCCGCGACCAGCCCUUUCCUCUCACCAACACACUCACACACACACAUGUAAAAAUCUACCUGUGUGUGUGUGUGUGAACUUAAUUCACCCUGUGAUGCACAUAGACCCUGACAAGCUGUUGAGGAAUGGAGACUACAUAAUGUGCGGUUAAGAAGAGGCAGUAAAGCAGGAGAGAGAAAGAGAGGGAAAGCGUCUGACAUGUCCUCACUUUGAACCUCAGUUCCCUUGCUUGCCGCUCCGUAGAAGGCGUCCCGUGGGGAGCGUCCCAUGCGAAACUUCUCCUCUAUUCGCCUGCCGCGGGGGUUCAGCGCAGGGGCAUCCGCGCUCCCUUACCAGAGUGCUCUUCCGUGGGUCACUGCACAGGGCGCAACUGGAACUGAACAAUGGUGACAAGGCCACUCGCAAACACACCUCACACUCACUUGAACAUUUCAGGACAAAUCUCCUUGCUCAGUAAGGGGACAGGGCGGUCCGGCAUGAUUUAAGCAUGAGAAAUGUUCCCUUCACCACGUCUGGACACUAGCAGACGCUGAGCUCUGCAAGCAUAUAUUUAAGUCCGACCUCUUCUUCCACGCUGUGCUAACCGCUCCGUCCACAGUAUUCUCUUAUCUCCGCAAACAUUUAAAUGUCUGUCGCUGAUAAUGUUGACAGUGACGAGAAGGUAUUUCAGGCUCCUGUGGGAAUUCAUACACAUUCUUUAGAAAUGGCAUAUAGUUGGACGAACGUUUUAUGCACUGCUUCAACAAAUACUUUUCAAAUGGUCUUAUUUUCACCAAGGAUGCAUUUACUUGACCAAAAGUAUAGUAAAACUGUAAAAAAAAAGAAAUAUUACCAUUAAAAAAAGAUUUUAUUAUAUUUAAAAUACAUUUUUUUAACCUUAAAAUGAUUAUAAUAGAUACUGCUGAUUUGCUGCUCAAAACAAAAUGUAUUAUUGUUAAUGUUAAAAAAAAGUUGGUGCUGCUUGGUAUUUUUAUGGACACCAUGAUGCAUUGUUUUCAGUAUUUUCAGAAGGGUUCAUAACUGCAUUUAUUUAAAACAGAAAUCUUUUGGUACAUUAUAAAUAUCUUGUUUGAUCAAUUUAAUGCAUCCUUGCUGAAUACAGGUACACUACAUGACAAAAGUCUUGUAUUCGAUCCCAGUUGUAAGAGUAACAAAUAAUAACUUGACUUCUUGUUGAUCAUUUUAAAAAGUGGUAUAAAUCAUCUGUUGAUCUGCAUCCCAAUCAUCACAAAUACUGCAGAAGACCUAUCGGAACCUGCAUGGACGCAAGAUUCUCACAGAAACCAGUCAAGUUGGUUAAGAAAAAAAAUCAUGGUUUGGGCUUACAUUCAGUAUGGGAGCUUGCAGGAGAUCUGCAGAGUGGAUGGCAACAUCAACAGCCUGAGGUAUCAAGACAUUUUUGCUGUCCAUUACAUUACAAACCAUAGGAGAGGGUGAAUUCUUCAGCAGGAUAGCGCUCCUCAUACUUCAGCCACCAUAUUAAAGUUCCAGAAAGCAAAGUAGGUCAAGGUGCUCCAGGAUUGGCCAGCCCAGUCACUAGACAUGAAUAUUUUUGAGCAUGUCUGGGGUAAGAUGGAGGAGGCAUUGAAUCUUGAUGAACUCUGGCAGUCCUGCAAGAAUGCUUUCUUUGCCAUUCCAGAUGACUUUAUUAAGUUAUUUGAGUCACUGCAGAGAUGUAUGGAUGCAGUCCUCCAAGCUCAUGGGAGUCAUACACAAUAUUCAUUUUUUUUCCACUGCACCAUGACUUUAUAUUCUAUACUGGACAUUAUUUCUGUUAAGUGACAAGACUUUUGUCUAAGCAAAGUCAGACCUUACUGUCCUAAUUAAAUAACUAAAAAUCAAGGCAUGAUCAUAUUUUAUUUUGGUAAAAUAAGUAUAAUACAGAGGCCUUUGACUUUCAUAUAAGCCACUUCUGAUACCAAAUGAUCAACUAGAAGUCAAGUUAUUAUUUGUUGUUUCUAAAACUUGAAUAGGCGACAAGACUUUUGUCAGGUAGUAUAUUAGUUCCUUUAAAAAAAAAAACAACAACUUCUGAUUCCAAACUUUUGAAUGGUAACAUUCAUCAAUAUUCAUAUUCAUGAAUUCCCACUCCUUCCUCCAUUUCCUGUUAUGUGACUGAGCCAAAACCCCAUCAAACCUUAGUGCAUUGUAGUCAAUCAUUAACUCUGCAUCUAAGCCUAAAUCAUUAAAGAUAAAACUCUUGUUUUUGUAUAGUUCAGAAAUGCGUUACCCUGUAAAUAUUUCUCUCUGGUUACCUAAUGAUUGAAUUAUAAUGUCAUUGUCUUAAAGGAUUAUAUGUGUUGUCAUCUGUGUUAAACUGUAGCUUGAGUGAAAAGAUGUAA